AUGUCCAGUCAGAAGCUGAUUUUUAAAGAAGAAGCUUCUUUAAACCACAGACCUCGUGCUGACCUGCAUGACCCAAAGCCCCCCCACAUCAAGAAGAAACAGAAGGGAGUCUGCAUCAGUCUGCCGGGAGAGCAGUUCAAUGGGAAGGAGGUUUAUCCAGACCAAGUUAAAGGCAGAGAGCUUCCAGAAGAGAAUGAUGGAGAAUCCAUCAGGAUACAAGAUCAUGGAGAUGCUUCUAUUUCUUUAGAGACUGAUGAUACUGAGCAGGAUGAAGAAGACAGUGAUGUAGACCACUCUCUCUCUGAGCUGAAACACUUGUCAGACUCUGGAUAUAGGAAAAGUUCUACAGAGAAGAAAAAUGUGGAGUCAUCUAGCAAAGGCCGCAGUGGAGUGAAGCUUAGCUGCAAAGACUGUGGCAAAACAUUGAUUGGAAAAUACGCUUUAAAAACACACAUGAGAAUCCAUACAGGAGAAAAGCCUUUCUGUUGUGAGCUAUGUGGAAAAAGUUUUAGCCUCAAAUCAAAUUCAAUCAAACACAUGAGAAUCCAUACAGGACAAAAGCCUUUCUGUUGUGAUCAAUGUGGAAAAAGAUUUAGCCAUAAAGGAGAUUUAAACACACACAUGAGAACCCAUACAGGACAGAAGCCUUUCUGUUGUGAUCUAUGUGGAAAAAGCUUUAGCAUCAACAAUAAAUCAAGUUUAAACAGACACAUGAAAAUCCAUACAGGACAUAAGCCUUUCUGUUGUGAUCUAUGUGGAAAAAGCUUUAGCCCCAAAUCAAAUUUAAUCAAACACAUGAGAAUCCAUACAGGAGAGAAGCCUUUCUGUUGUGAUCUAUGUGAAAGAAGCUUUAGCCAAAAAUCUAAUUUACACACACACAUGAGAACCCAUACAGGACAGAAGCCUUUCUGUUGUGAUCAGUGUGGUAAAAGAUUUGGCGUUAAGUCCACUCUAGACCAACAUAUGAGAACCCAUACAGGACAGCAGCCUUUUUGUUGUGAUCUAUGUGAAAAAAGCUUUAGCCUCAAAUCAAAUUUAAACAGGCACAUGAGAAUCCAUACAGGACAGAAG